UGAAAAAACCAGGAUGUUGUUUACGUAAUGUUAACAUAAAAUAGUAAUAGGCGUAAAAUCCGCUUCAUGCUCGCACAGAGAAAACAAAACGGUUGAUCUCCGACCUCGGUCUCCAAUGUUAAAGCAGUCACCGUGAACAGUGUACUAAGACCGAUGAAGAAUGGCCGAUGAAAGUCCUAAUAAAUGGGGAACAUGGAGGGAGAGGUACGAUAAAUCCCACAGACGAUAUGUAGUUUUUACUGGUUCCCUGUUCCUGCAGUUCCUGGUUAUUGGGAUGCCAUCUUCUAUGUUGGGAAUUGUGUAUGUUGACAUCAUGAGGGAAUUCCGAGCGGGCGCCUCGGAAACAGCUCUGAUGCUUUCCUUAUAUCGGGGACUGUCCUUUGGAGGAAGUAUUGUAGGAAACCAUCUGAUGCGCUGGGCCGGAGAAUUUCCCUGUAUGAUGGUGGGAUCCUUAGUAGGGAGUUUCAGUUUUAUAACAGCGGCUUUUGCACAGAAUGUGACUACAAUCGUCCUUUUUGUUGGUCUCGGGGCAGGUUGUGGAUUCAUGAUUCCAUUGUUGCUGGCUUACAGCAAUAUCGGACGAGCUUUUACCGGAAAACCCGCAUCCAAAUUUCUCACCCUGACCGCCGUGGGGGGAGGUGUAGGUCUCAUAGUGACCCCCUACAUAACAGAGUUCCUCCUUAGGGAAUAUGGAUGGCGAGGAACGUUCCUCAUCUUCGGAGGCAUAUUCCUCCACCUCUUGUUAAUUGGUGUUGUGGUACAGCUUAACCUUCCACCAUCAGAGAAUCUAAAGAAGUCCACAGUUUUCCAAUGGAGGAAACAAAUCGCUAUUUUUAAAUGCAGAGCAUAUUCAGUGUUUGCGUUUGAUAUGAUUUUGUUUGGAAUGUUUGGUUUCGCCGAACCCUGGUUCCUUCCGGAUUUCCUCGUGUCUAAUAAGUACGACCAACAAGAUGCCGCAUUUUUGCUGACAGUCAUCGGGGUUUUCAGUCUGGUGGGUCGUAUUCUGGCAGGCGUGUUAGAACCUCUGUUAAGUCGAACAAAACUGGUAUACCACUGGAUCUAUGUGUUUGCUUUAAUGGGGAUCAGUCACGCGGCAUUUCCGUGCUUCAUCCAUUUGUUUCCCGUCCUGAUUGGGGCAUCUGUGAUCUAUGGAAUCACAUUUGGUAUGGUGGUUUCCCAGAGUGCACCAGUUGUUUUCCAGUCACUGCCUCUGGAGUUGUACCCAACAGGGCUGGCCACCGAGUUCACUAUUUACGGGGGAUUUACUGCUCUUGGAGGAUAUGUCGGCGGUGUGUAAAAUCAAGCAUGCGCAAUAAACCAGGAAUGGUUCGUGACGUCACUGGUGGAUAUGAAGCUGUUUUCUACGUAGCGUCAUUGACGGCCAUGAUUGUUGCUGCUAGUUGUGGUGUAUUGCUGUGUAUGGAUAAACUGUGUUCCAGAAAAGUGAAAACUGAUGUUCACAUUCCUUCAGUGUCAGUUAUAUCUCACCUCUAAACUGACCUUUGACCGAGUAAAAGCGAGACAGCG